UUGAAAGUGUCAGGGCGUGGGCUCAGAACUCCGCUUGUUGUUUCAAAGCUCCAAGUGCCGCGUGAUCCUCAUUUAAUCCCGUUAAACCGAGACUCUGGCGAGCGUUUCAAUGGAGUUCGAAGCCCUGGAAACCGGGUGUACCGUCAGCGACGUGUCGGACUUGGUGGUGGUCGAUCUGGAUCCUCAGGUCGAGACGGACAGCGUUUGCUCCGCGGGACCCGGUUUAUUGGAUGUAGCGCAAGCUCUGUUCCAGAACGAUGAUGCUGGAGACGUCAGUGACGAAGACGAGGAUGACGACGACGACAGCGGGACAGACCACCAGAACUCUGAGAGGUCGGGGACGCAGCUGCAGAGGUCGGAGCGGCGGUCAGGAGCGACUCUGCCGGACACCUUCCAGACCGGCAGCCUGCUGUUCUACGAGAGGUUCAAGGCGUACCAGGACUACAUGCUGGGAGACUGCAAGCCCUCAGAGGUGAAGGCCUUCACUGCAGAUUACCUGGAGAAAGUUCUGGAGCCGUGCGACUGGUUGGCUCUGUGGUCCACCGACAUCUUUGACGUUCUGGUGGAGGUGCAGGACCUGGACGUGAAGAAUCUGAGGGCGUGCGUGAAGCUGGUGCUGCCGCUGCGGUGCGACGGCAGAGGCUGCCGGCUGGACGAGGACGCCAUGACCUCCGUCCUGGAGGCCACGCAGCACCGAGUCCCCCUGCAGGAGCUGCAGGUGGUCUACGAUGAGUCCGGAGACUUUGACCAGACCGCUCUGGCCUUGGAACAUCUCAGGUUCUUCUUUAAACACAUCUGGCGGGAAUGGGACGAGGAAGACGAGGACGACGACUUUGAUUACUUUGUUCGUUGCGUGGAGCCCCGCCUCAGACUGUACUACGAUGUUCUGGAAGACCGGGUCCCGGCAGGCCUGGUGUCGGAGUACCACGCCCUACAGGAGAGCUGCUCCCGCUGCUUCCGGCAGUUCUCCGAGCUGCGCAGCGGCCUCAGCGCCGACUCCGACUCCGAGCUGGACAACGUGUCCAUGGUGGAGGGCCUGAAGCUGUGCGAGCAGCUGGAGACGCUCAAACGCAAACUGCACAUCAUCGAGAACCCGCUGCUGAGGUACGUCCUGGCCUACAAGGGCAACAGCCGGCAGCAGUGCGCGCAGAGCCGCGGGCCCAGAGCGUCGGGGCUGACGGCGGUUCACGUGGUGACGGAGUCCUGCAGCUCCAUCCAGCUCCAGUCGCUGCUGAGCGUCCGCCUGGCGCCGCUGUGCUCCUCAGAGGACCACCAGAUCCAGUUCCACAGGGAUCCGGUGUCGGCUGUGGAUUCCUGUCACCAUGGAGACGUGGUCAUCAUUCUGCCCGGCAACUACAGCGUCAGCAGCUCCAUCUUCAUCCCAGACUCCAUCACUAUAGAAGGUUUCGGCUUUCCGGACGAAGUUGUAAUCGAGAAGAACAGCAAAGGCGACACGUUCGUGGAGACGUCAGCCGCCGACGUCCGACUGUCCAACAUCAAGUUCAUCCAGCACGACGCCAUCGAGGGCAUCCUGUGCGUCCGUCAGGGAACUCUGAACAUGGAGAACUGCGUCCUGCAGUGCGAGACCACCGGCGUGAUCGUUCGCACGUCUGCGCGCCUCACCAUGAACAUGUGCGACCUGUACGGCUCCAAGGGGGCGGGCGUGGAGAUCUACCCCGGCAGCGUCUGCUGCCUGGUGGGGAACGACAUUCAUCACUGUAAGGACGGGAUCCUCAUCAAGGACUUUGCCAACGAGCUGGACGGGAUGCCGUCCAUCACGCUGGAGAACAACGUGAUCCACAAUAACGAAGGCUACGGCGUGAUUCUGGUGAAGCCUGGCGGGGAGGCCGGUCCCGCUGACAGGAGCGAAGAAGACCCCGCUGCAGUCACAGCCGACGACGGGCAGCAGGAUCCGCCCACAGAGCCGCGCUCUUCCCCGGUUCCUCAGGCAGAGCCGGCGGACGCCAGCACGGCGGGCAGCGACUCGGCCGCCGGCAGGAAGUGGCAGUUCGGCCGCCAGCUGAGCAGAGCCAAGGAGGCGACGUGCAGCCGCGCAGUCCAGGACCUGAUGGAGCACCAGAUCUUCGUUUCCGUUCAGGGGAACCAGUUCAAGCGCAACAACAGGGGGGACUUCGGCACCUUUUUCUACUGACCUCGUUUCACCAUCCUGCUGUUUGCGGGUCAGAACCGCCUGUGUGGAACUGACCCGUGAGGAGAACCGCAGAGAUUUGCAGUUUGCACAGACGCUUUGAUGUCUUAUUUUACGUUUAGCGCCGUUUUAACACUACCUGGUUCUGGAGUUUUUGCACCAUCAGCUUAUAAGGUUGAGAUGUUCACCUUUUGAAAAGGUUGGGGGGGGGGGGCUGUUUUAUGGUUAAGUGUUUGGUUGAAAUAGUUUUGUUCACGAGUUUUCUGCAGAUUAAAAAGCGGCUAAACAAACUUUGCUGCUGCUUGAUGUUUGAAAUGAGGUCAUGUUCUGGAAAAGUCUUAUUUUGAAAGGUUGUUGAUAUUCUAGCGUGUAAAACCUUAUUUUGUAUUAUUUUACCGGACCUAAUGAAUGAAAUAAACCCCCCAGGUUUAUUUUUAACCUUCAAAUUUUGAAAGCAGUUUUCCUUUUAAAAAACAAAACAGGAAAAUCUAAAACUUGAUUUGACAUUAAAAAAUAUUCAACAUAAGCUUCUGAUUGUAAUGUAGUCGUCAUUGCAGUUGCUCCAAUGAGCACUAGGGGCGCUGAACGUCUAAAAACAAAGUAAAAAUAUGGUCAUGUAAAAACCGUUGUGGUUCUGCAUCCUAAAUCAUUUCAUGGAUGUUCUGUUUAAUAAAAACUGGCUUUCAAAGA